GGCCCCGCCCCUUCUUGCUCUCUCGCGCCUCCGUUUCUCUUGUGCGCGGCGUUUUUUUUUUUAUUUUAAUUAUUACCGAGCGCGCGACGAACCGAACUACCUAUUAUACCCCACCGACCCCUCCCACCCCACCGAGGGGCAACAUGGCGGCGGAGCGCGAGCGAGGCUCCUCGCGACCCGACCGAGCGCACGAGCUGACAUGAAAUACGCGUGCGCGGAGCUUUUUGGGGUUUUUAAUCUUCAUUUUAUUUUAUCUGUGUUUGAAGAAAAAAACCAACCAAACAAACAAACAGCAGCAACAGAAACAUGGGCGCCAAGGCGAGCAGCCCGGCUAACGCCGCAAACGGGCGCGCGCGCGCGUACUCGGGCUCUGACCUGCCGCCGCCGUCGCGCACGCACGCGGACGGAGCUGGAACUAGAGCGAGCGUGCGCGUGCCCGCGCGGCGGGGGUCCGGCAGCAGCGGAGGGGAAGCAGGGGGCUCUGGGGGGGCGGGACCUCUGAUCGGCUCACUUCCGGCUCACCUCUCACCUCACCUGUUCGCAGGUGUGAAGUGUCCAGUCUGCUCCAAGUUUAUCUCCUCAGAUGAGAUGGAGCGCCACCUUACGGUGUGUUUAGCGAAGCCCAGAGUGACAUACAAUGAGGACGUGCUGUCAAAGGAGGCUGGAGAAUGUGCAAUAUGUCUGGAGGAGCUGCAGCAGGGCGACACCAUCGCUCGCCUGCCCUGCCUCUGCAUCUACCACAAAGGGUGCAUUGACGAGUGGUUUGAGGUGAACAGAUGGUGCCCUGAACAUCCUUCAGAUUAAAAUUCAGACUAACACAGGGAUUCUAACAUGCAGUGAAAAGUGACGUAGCCUCGUAGCAGACAGCAAUGUGAAGUCCACCUCCUGUUCCCUUCCCGCAUGACUGCUGGACUACUUGUCUGUAGCCGCUACAGGAGGGUCAGCUCACUACCUUCCACACCAGCCGCCAUAUCAAAUCAGAGUGCCAAAACUGACUGAAGCAAUCUUCAGGGAAACUCCUUCCUGUGCUCGUUCUUCCUUCCUGAUCAUUUCACCGCAACCCAGGAGCCACUGAGGGUCUGCAGGACAUUUCUGAAACUGGACGCUGGACUCUGUUGCACAGAUCUUCAAUCAGGAGAAGGGGACAGAGGCCAUUCUUCAGUACAUUGCAUUUGGAGACACUAUAGUGCCAUCUAUAGACACUACACCGGGCUGUCCAGGCAGUGUCCCUCAUCCUGCUUAUAUUAGGCUCCGCCCACCCUUCAAACCCAACCAUCCAGAGCCAACUGUCACACUUUAAGGAAUACUCCAGGGUAGUCUUUCUGCUAAAUCUGUACAGUUGAUUGUGAUUAACUACAGUACCUUUCCCUGAACUCAGAACUCACCGAGGUCAAUGCCCAGAUGCUGAAUUCUGCGAGUAAAUGUUUAAAAUACAUGACCAAAUGCAAAUUAGUAGCUAUUCUACUCUGAAGGUAAUUGUGUAGAAUCCCACUACCUAAAACGGGAGCAACCUAAAGCAAACCUAAUGACCCGGUUUAGAUCUAGCUGUCAUACAAUUUUAACCACUUGGGUUCACACUCAAUCAAAUGCUGAUCAAUAUGCAAAUCAGCUCAUACAGAACAACCAGCAUAGUGCAUGCUCACACUGAAGUCAUGUGUUGCAGUGUGUAUGGCUCCGCUGGUAGCUGGUCCUCAUCGCUGCCUUUUUGGCCGAUGGGUCACGUUUAAUCAGGCAAUCAAAUGUGGAAUUUGAAAUGUAAUCAAUGCAUAGCUGAGGCUGUGCCUCAAACAUAUGUGUAGAGGUGGGCAAUAUGGAAAAAGUAUAUUAUUGUGAUAGUUCAAGAUAUUUUCACACAAUAAAUCACAAUAUUUAUUUUUUCACACAUUUGAACCAUUUAAAAUAUGUUAUAAAAACUGUGAAUAUAAUGAUUUUUAUUCAGUAUUUAGCACUAAAUCCAGUUAAACUUGACUAAUUUUACUGUCUUUAUAGUGAAACAUGCAGUUGGACAGUGUCUAUAGGUACUGAUGAUACACCCGAUAUGUUCAGAAAAGCAUAUUUAUGAUAUUGUGACAUAAUUUAUCAAGAUAAAGAUGUAUAUUGUAAUAUUGCCCAAUUGAAAUGCAAACAUAACAGUGAAAAAAGAAAUGAGAUUUAAAUGUUUACACAUUGACGUACAAAAUAGUCAAAUUGAAUAUCUCAGAUUUAUAGCUGCGUUUACAAACACCGACUGAAGAAUUCAUGAAUGUUCUUGCAGAAAUACAUAUUUUAUGUAAAUGUUUACUAAUGGAAUUCAUCAUCUGCCUUCUGAUUUCUAGUAGAACUAUGUUGUGAGUCAAAGAUUUUUCUGGUCUUUUCGAAGCUCAGGGAAUCGUCAUUGUGUAAAUUCGGCUGUGUGCUACAGACACAGCAGAAAAACGCUGGCGUGUUCCUCCGUGGCCCCUCCUACGACUGUCCGCUAGUGCCUUCAUCUUCAGAUCCCAAGGGCUGGUCUGGGAAGGGCGGAGGUCCAGCUUUUCUUAGCCCCUUCCAUCCUGGACCAGUCACAUGUAAGAGAACUGGAACCAGCCAUAGUGAGAUUAAAAAUGCCCCGCCCCCUCCCUGUCAUUCACAGAUGUUUCCAUGGCUCUCACUCUCACUUCCUUUAGACCUGUAGCAAUAUCAGUCAGGGGGGCGUGGCUCCAGCCUGAUCGGCCCAGUGCGUGUUUAUCACGUUACAACUGAUAUGGUUUAUGGGUUUGUGUAGCUGCCUAGUUCAAUAAUUAUGUCAUAUGUAUGUGAACAAUAGUGCAAUACUAUCACUAUCUUGAGCCUUAAUUCAACAAGGAGGAUGCUAACCUCAGUGUGGAUGAUGCUAGCCCUGCUCUGACCAUCACAGUUUGUAACCUUGGCUCAUCAAGAUACUGAUGACUUACUUGUUCCAGAUUUGGCCAGUUUCCUUCAUCUGUGCCUCCACAUCUCUUCUGCUGGUGUUCUCUGUACCUCUGUGGUGUCUUAGUUAGUACUGCAUAGAUAUUUGAUCUGACUUUGCUCCUGAAAAGAGUUUGAUAGCUUUCUAAUCAUUGCUGUGAUUGUUCUCCAGGUCUCUGAACCAUAGAGGUUUGAUGUUAGGAUGGAAUAUUUUUAGUUUUUUUAAUCAAAUUUUCAUAAAAUGUUAAAUACCACUUCCUGUGGUGAACCAUCCAACAUAGAGCAUGCCAAACUAAUGCUAAUCCACCAAGGAGGACGUUAAACCCAACCCUAAUGCUUAUCCACUAUGGAGAAUUCUAAUCCCAACUCUAGUCCCAGUCCACCAUGGUGGAUGCUAAACUUAACCCUAAUGCUAAACCACCAUGGAUAAUACCAACCCAACCCUAAUCAACCACAGAACAUGCCAAACUAAAUGCUAAUGCUAAUCCACCAUAGAACAUGCCAAACCCAACCCUAAUGCUAAUCCACCAUAGAACAUCCCAAACCCAACCCUAAUGAUAAACCACUACGGAUACUAAACCCAACCAUAAUGCUAAUCCACCAUGGAGGAUGCUAAACCCAAUGCUAAUGCUAAUCCACCAUGGAGGAUGCUAAACCCAAUGCUAAUACUAAUCCACUGUGGAAGAUGCUAAACCCAAUGCUAAUACUAAUCCACUAUGGAGGAUGCUAAACUCAGUGCUAAUACUAAUCCACUGUGGAGGAUGCUAAACCCAAUGCUAAUACUAAUGCACUGUGGAGGAUGCUAAACCCAAUGCUAAUACUAAUCCACUGUGGAGGAUGCUAAACUCAGUGCUAAUACUAAUCCACUAUGGAGGAUGCUAAACCCACUGAGCCCAGAAAUGGACUUUCUUUGAAACGUGCACAAGUUCAAGUGUUCAGAAACACACAAUUUGUUCCCCCCAUGUGAAAAUUUCUCGCACUUAAAUUUGACGUGUGCAUGUGCAACUUCCUAGUGCUCACAUGAAAAUAUUUGAUGCAAACAUGAAACUAGAGCUCACGAGAGUUUAUGGUACACAUGUUAAACUUUCCAUUACUGCCAAUUUCUGAUAUGCACGUGUUCCUUUCUAGUGCUCAUAUUAAAAUUUAAGUGUCCAUGUGAAAGUUUCUAGAGGUCAUGAAAAUUUCUGGUACGUGACAAUUCACAUGACAAUUUCCAAUUUGCCCGUUUAACUUUAUAGUGCUCAUGUAAAAAUUUCUGGUGCACACACAAAACUUUCUAGUGCUCUUCAGGAUUUCAUGUUUGCUUCUGUAGCUGCGUCUGCUGUGCCAUUGAGUCUCAGAUCAGAGAAAAAUCUGUGUUUUAGCUCCUUUUGUAUGCCAGUUAUCCACACUUGAAGAACUUGAUGAGGGUUUUAGAACUUCUCAUGGACUUGCUGUUAACUUCAGGAAGUACAUUUCCUUUGUUUCUUGGUCUAUAAGGGCAAAUCCACAGAAGCAACUAUAAGGGAUUAGUGUUUACCGUGUGGGUUGUUAGGCUGUAGGACAGGGCAUCGCGCAGUGGAGAUACUGCAGAUGACGUUGAUAGCCAAGCGAAGACGGACACUGUUUCUUUAGCUCAGGUGGAGUUUACUGUGAAGGCCUGGUGUAGUACUGUAUGAGGAAAGUGCCAACAAAGCUGUGAAAUGCUGCUAAACUGUAUUUUCAAAUGGGAAGAUGACGCAAAACUCAUAAGCAUUUAAGGAUAAAAGCUUUCUCCUAGCAGAACUCCGGGCAGGACGUUCCUCAUCUUUCCAACGCUGUUGUGGACUCAUGGUGGACAGGCUGCACUAGAAAGUACCUUUCAUUCUGUAGCAUAAAGCAAUUAAUAAAUUUGUUUGUUUCGUAGGGUUUUCUUAAAUACUGUAAGAUCUUUAUCCAGUCAGUUCCAUACAUAUUUUGACGCCAACAAAGUUAUUGUUAUUAUAGUUGUUUACCACCGCGUAUCAAGUCGACUACAUAAUGACAGUGCUUAAAGUGCAGACUUUCAGUUUUAAUUUGAGAGUAUUUGCAACCAAAUCAAGUAAUUGGUGUGAAUUACAGCCAUUUUCAUACAUCCAUCCAUCCAUUUUCUAAGCCGCUUCUCCAUCAGGGUCGCGCGGGGGUGCUGGAGCCAAUCCCAGCAGUCAUUUUCAUACAUAGUCCCCCAUUUUUAGGGCCUCAAAAGUAAAUGAACAAUUGGCUGCUCAGCUUUUCCAUUGUCAUCUAUGUUUACUUCCUUCGUUAUUUCUACAUAAAAAGACUACCACUGACAUUUGUAGAAAUCUGUUGCUGUUAGCUCACAUUAUAAUGACAAAAAAAGCUUCACUUCCGGUCAUUAGGCUGAAAAAUCUAAAUAAAUCCACCAGAGAAAGAGCAAAAACAUUAGAUGUGGCCUAAUCAGGUUUUUGGUACCUUCUUUAAAGAAGAAAGAAUGCACUGAAGACUGUGGUGAAUGGCAUGAGAGGUCUUUCUCUAGUGAAGAAAAAUCCUUUGACAACAGUUGGCCAGAUCAAGAACGCCCUCCAGGGGGUCGGUAUAUCUGUGUCAAAUCCACCAAUCAAUAGAAUACUUCACCAGAAUAAAUACAGAUGUCUUGAAUACCAUAGCAACCACCUAGCAACAUGCUAGUACCCGUCUUGAAUACUAUAGCAACCACCUAGCAACCACCUAGCAACCACCUUUAAGUGCUUAAGCUGUGCAGUCAUGCUACAUUUUCUUCAAGAAAUACACCUUCCUAGUUUCAUUUAAGCUUCAGUACUUUUUGCUGUGGCACAAAACUAAAAUAAUAACUUUGUCAAUGUCCAAACAUUUAUGAGUCUGGCUGCAUAUUCUGCUGCUUUACUGGAGUCUAAUCUGAGCCUUGAAGUCUAAAAUCCUUUAAAGAUCAAGAACGUCCUCCAGGGGGUCGGCAUAUCUGUGUCAAAUCCACCAAUCAAUAGAAGACUUCACCAGAGUAAAUACAGAUACAAUACAAAUACAGCAAGUUGUAAAGUAUUGGUAAACCUCAAAAACAGGAAGGCCAGAUGAGAGUUUGCUACAAAAACAUCUAAAAAAGCCUGUGUAAUUCUAGAACAACAUCUUAUGGACCAAUGAGAUGUAAAUCAACUUGUACCAGAAUGAUGUGAAGAGCAGAGCAUGGAAAAGGGAAGGAACUGCUCAUGAUGCACAGCAUACCACCUCAACUAUCCAGCAUGAUGGAGGUAGUUUUAUGGCCUGGGAUUGCAUGACUGCCAAUAGAACUGGUUUCAAUGUGUUUUUGGUGAUGUGAAGGGCAAAAAAACAGCAGGAUAGCUUCAAAAAUCAUUGGACGGUUCUUCACAGUGCAGAUGGUCCACGACCUGUAGACUUUAUAGCAAAGAAGUGGAAUAUUCUGCGAUGGUCAAGUUAAUCAUCUGACUUCAAUCCAAUUGAGCAUGCAGAUUUUAUGAUUGUUAGCUUGUGUAAUUACUUUUGAGCCUCCAAAAUUGGUUGGGGCUAUGUAUAAAAAAUGGCUGUAAUUCCUACACCAAGUACUUUCAAAUGAAAAUGAACACGGACUGCAAAAUUGCUGUUUAUUCUUUUUACCAUUAUUAUUAUUUUUCUGCCAAAUCUAGCAACCAUGUUGAAUACCAUAGCAACUGCCAAGCAGCACUCUAGCAACCAACUUGAACACCAUAGCAACCAUUUAGCAAUAUGCUAGCAACCACCUUGAAUAUCAUAGCAUCCACCAAGCAACAUACUAGCAACCACCAGGCAACAACCCAAAAACCACCAGACAUAUCAUACCUACAACCUAGCAACACAGUAGCAACCCCAUAGCAAAGAGAUGGAAUACCAUAGCAACCACCUAGCAACACCCUACUAACCACCUUGACUGCCAUAGCAGCCAUGUAGCGACACCCUAGAAACCACCUAGCAACACUCUAGCAACCAUGAAGAAUGCUAUAACAACCACCCAGCAUCACCCCAACAACCACUACACAUAUCAUACAUACAACCUAGCAAAACUGUAGUAACCUCAUAGCAAAGACCUGGAUUACCAUAGCUACCACCUAGCAACCAUCUUGAAUACCAUAGCAACCACUAAGGAACACCCUAGCAAACAUGAUGAAUGCUAUAACAACCACCCAGCAACACCCCAACAACAACCAGACAUAUCAUACCUAUAACCUAGCAACACUGUGGUAACCUCAUAGCAAAGACCUGGAAUACCAUAGCAACCACCUAGCAACACCCUAGCAACUGCCUUGAAUACCAUAGCAACCACUUAGGAACACCCUAGGAACCACCUAGCAACACCUAGCAACCAUGAUGAAUGCUUUAUUAUAGCCACCACCAAGCAACACGCUACCAAUCACCUUGAAUACCAUAGCAAACACCUAGUAACACGCUAGUACCCAUCGUGAAUGCCAUAGCAACCACCUAGCAACAUGCUAGUACCCAUCUUGAAUACCAUAGCAACCACCUUUAAGUGCUUAAGAUGUGCAGUCAUGCUGCAUUUUCUUCAGGAAAUACACUUUUAUAGUUCAAGCUUCAGUACAUUGUGCUGUGGCAUAAAACUAAAAUAAUAACUUUGUCAGUGUCCAAAUAUUGAGUCUGGCUGUAUAUUCUGCUGCUUUACUAGAGUCUAAUCUGAGCCUUUAAAUCUAAAUCUACCUUCUCACACAUUUUAUUGUCUUUUACUGGCCUACUCUAGCCUGUUGUCAGCAUCAUGCCUAAUUUGCUAAGCUGAGUGGACUUAAGCUGGACUGAAGGCCUCUUCACCAGCCCUGCUUACGAAAUACAAAGAAAGAGCAUCAGGCUUGAGGCACACACAUUUUUAAUGAUUUAGAUACACAGUAAGUUGUGACAUCAUUCCAUUUGUGUAAAAAUUCUGUACAGAAAUAUGACAUUAAAAAAUUGCAUUGUUACUCA